AACUUAUCAUAUAUUGCAUCUCGAUCAUCACAUACAAAAACAAACUCAAACUCUCAUUCUCAUACUAUAGCUAACUUUUCGAUCAGUCAAAUUAAUUAACUAUAUAUAUAUUUCCAUGGACUACUCUUCAUUCUAUUCCAACGGUAGUUCAAACCAACAAUACCUUCCUUUCAAUGAAAAUGAUUCCCAAGAAAUGGUUCUCUAUGAAAUGUUGCCACAAUCUUCUUAUGGCCAAUCCUCACAACAACAUACCACAUCUUCUCCACCCGAAAAAAUUAGCUACCGAGGGGUUCGUGCACGGAGAUGGGGUAAGUACGCAGCGGAAAUAAGGGAUUCGUCAAGGAAUGGUGCUAGAGUUUGGUUAGGCACAUUUGAUACACCUGAAGAAGCUGCUUUGGCUUAUGACCAAGCUGCAUUGGCCGCCAGGGGUCCAAUGGCGGUUCUUAACUUUCCUGUAGAGACGGUUUACGAGUCCCUUCAAGCUAUGGAUUAUAGAUACGAGGAAGGAAGCUCUCCGGUUUUGGCGUUGAAGAAAAGUAACUCAAUGAGAAGGAAAGCGGCGGUUAGAGAGAAGAAAAGAAAAGAGAUGAAACUGGAUAAUGAUAAUGGUAAGAAUAAUGUGGUGGUAUUUGAAGACUUGGGUGCUGAUUAUUUGGAGGAGAUUUUGAGUCUGUCUGAAUGCCCCGGUUCUAAUUGGCAGGAAUCAUGAGCAGCUGAUUGAACUGCAGAUCGAGUGUCUCUAUAUAUGUUGAUUCAUUUAUUUAUUUAUUUGAGAUAUAUGCAGUUUUAAUUUUGUUUUUCAACUUAAUUUUCGUAUAUUUGUGAAGUUUAAAGUACUCGUAAUUAAUAUUGAAUGAGUUAAUUCGCUACGUAGGAUGUUUUGAUCUGUUGAUCAUUAUCAGACUUGGAUAAUAUAAUUAAGAUAAUUUGCUUUUGAA